AUGGCUUAUGAAGUUCAUGGAGUCCAAGUCAAUCUGGGAUCAUGCAUUACCCUCGAUGUCCUGAGAGUCGUGGAUCUGAAGUACUGCACUGGCAAUGGCAAUGGACAAUCUCAGCAGAUUCCUGGUGGUGAUGGCAACACACAAGUCAUCAUUGGGGGCCAGUCCCAAAUUGUGACCAUCAACAGGCAAUGGCGUGUGGCCAUCAUUGAGAAAAAAGCUGGCAUUGGGUCCUGGAAAACCAUCUGGAACUACAACACGGGUGUCAUUGCAACCAAAGUCACUCAACAGAACGCCUGCUACAUUUCCAUCAUGAACAAAAAUGAGAUGCCCAGCUUCAAUAAUCUGGCUCACCUGGCACAAGAGAGCAAGAACCAGUUUGGUCAUGGAAGACCUACCAAGAAGAUCACCUUUGUCGCCAAUGGAUUGGUCAGCAACCUCAGGUCUUAUGGGUCAGAUGUCUUCUCUAUGUGCAGUGGACUCACCACCUACAUGGCUUAUGAAGUUCACGGAGUCCAAGUCAAUCUGGGAUCAUGCAUUACCCUCGAUGUCCUGAGAGUCGUGGAUCUGAAGUACUGCACUGGCAAUGGCAAUGGACAAUCCCAGCAGAUUCCUGGUGGUGAUGGCAACACACAAGUCAUCAUUGGGGGCCAGUCCCAAAUUGUGACCAUCAACAGGCAAUGGCGUGUGGCUAUCAUUGAGAAAAAGGCUGGCAUUGGAUCCUGGAAAACCAUCUGGAACUACAACACGGGUGUCAUUGCAACCAAAGUCACUCAACAGAACGCCUGCUACAUUUCCAUCAUGAACAAAAGCGAGAUGCCCCGCUUUGAUAACCUGGCUCACCUGGCUGAGCAGAGCAGGAACCAGUUUGGUCAUGGAAGACCAGCCAAGAAGAUCACCUUUGUCGCCAAUGGAUUGGUCAGCAACCUCAGAUCUUAUGGGUCAGAUGUCUUCUCCAUGUGCAGUGGACUCACCACCUACAUGGCUUAUGAAGUUCAUGCUUGCUUGGCGCAGCCUUUCUCUGAGGAGCUCAUCAAGAAUCAGAUUGGUUUUGGAAGUUCUACCAAGAAGAUCACCUUUGUUGCCAGUGCAUUGGUGAACAACCUCAGGUCUUAUGGGUCAGAUGUCUUCUCCAUGUGCAGUGGACUCACCACCUACAUGGCUUAUGAAGUUCAUGUCUCAGCAGACAGGUAA